UGCAGCCAUGCCUGAGCUCAGCAAAGAAUCCAAGCAGCGCCUGCAGAAAGUCUUUAAAUGCGGGCAGUUCACCAUCCGCUGGGGCUUUAUCCCAUUGGUCCUGUAUUUAGGAUUUAAAAGAGGAGCGGAUCCAGGAAUGCCAGAACCAACCGUACUCAGUUUGCUUUGGGGUUGAGGAACUUCCAUGCAAGAAAAGUGUUUCCAAAAUCUUCAGCAGUCACAGCUUUGAAGAGGAUGUGGCGAAUAUUCUAAAUAGGAUUUCGUGAGAUUUGCUGUGAUAUGACAAAGAGUAGAGCUAAUUUUGCUAAAUGCUUCUCCAUUUAGCAGUGCAUUGAGAAAGUGGCUUGUGUGGUGCAUUCUGUACAUACAAUUCAAACAAAUGCAACUACAUCUUGAAAAUAAAAAUUCAUCUUUUUUUAAUAAAAAAUAUUAAUUUAAA